AUGGGGGAACCUGGCCUUGUCUCUGUGCUCGCCAUGCCGCAGCGGCACAGAUGCACGGAGGCCGGGGACCGCAGCGUGAUGCCCAAGACGCUGGAGGGGCAGAUAACGAUGGAGAAAACCCCCAGCUACUUCGUGACCAACGAGGCCCCGAAACGCAUCCACUCCAUGGCCAAGGACACCAAGCUGAUCGUGGUGGUGCGCAACCCAGUGACCAGGGCCAUCUCGGACUACACGCAGACCCUCUCCAAGAAGCCCGACAUCCCCACCUUCGAGGUGCUGGCCUUCAAGAACCGGACCCUGGGGCUGAUCGACGCGUCCUGGAGUGCCAUCCGCAUCGGGAUCUAUGCGCUGCACCUGGAGAACUGGCUCCAGUACUUCCCCCUGUCCCAGAUCCUCUUCGUGAGCGGCGAGCGGCUCAUCAUCGACCCUGCCGGCGAGAUGGCCAAGGUCCAGGACUUCCUGGGCCUCAAAAGGCUGGUGACAGAGAAACACUUUUAUUUCAAUAAAACCAAGGGGUUCCCUUGCUUGAAGAAGCCGGAGGACGGCAGUCCGCCCCGGUGCCUGGGCAAGUCCAAGGGUCGAACUCACCCCAAAAUAGACCCCGACGUCAUCCACAGACUGCGGAAGUUUUACAAACCGUUCAACGUCAUGUUCUACCAAAUGACGGGGCAGGAUUUCCAGUGGGAGCAGGAAGGAAGUGACAAAUGA